AUGUCUCGACAACGUAGAGCUCUUUGGGAGGCCGAACUCGACGACGAUUGGCAAGACAUCGAUCUCAGUUCUGCAAUCGGCAACUAUGGGCAGAUGUAUGAUGACGAAUUUACGGUGACCUGGAAUGCAGCGCAAUCAAGGAUUGACGAGGGAACUCUGCUCGUCGUGCAGCAGCAGAUGGUACAGCAGGCAGAAUUCGCACAGGUUCCCAAUGUAGUGAAGCGCUUCAUCGUGCAUUUCUAUCAAGCCAUGCUGGAUAACAAUCUCGCGGAGAUCACUAAGUUCUACUCAAAGACAAAGCGGCCUGAGGCAGAGGUGAUUGCGCCGUUAGUGAACGACGACCAGAUCUUUCUCAUCCCAUACCGGGAGCUUUACUAUCGGCACCUCGAUUCGCGUCUGCAAUGCGACAUUGACGACUGCUUCCAUUCGUACUCGUACGGGAACAGCUGCGAGCUGUUCAACUAA